AAACGAGGAAUUUUAGUUCAUGGCUGGCUGGCUCGCUCGCUGCCUGGCGUGCUACUCUCGUUUUUAUUAAAUUUAUUUUUAGUGGAAUUUUGUCCAUGGCGGGCUACAUAAUUGACCAUACUUUCUGCAUUUGCAAUGCAUUGUGCAUUGGACAUUGGAUAUAUAUAUAACUGAGGCUGAGCACUCCACUUUUAAUACCCAAAACACAACAAUAACUAAAGGGACAGAGAUCUUGGGAGAGAUUCAGAGAGAUUUAUCCAUUGUGUCAUUUAACAAUGGGUAAAGGUGGUCGAAUGCCGGUUGCUGAUGGGGAGGUUCAGCAAGCUGAGAAUUCUGUCCGGAGAGUUCCUCAUGAAAAACCACCGUUUACAAUUGCAGACAUCAAGAAAGCCAUCCCACCUCAUUGCUUUGAGCGUUCCCUCAUUCGAUCCUUCUCGUACCUUGUUUACGACUUGGCUGUCUGCUUCCUACUAUACUAUGCAGCCACAAACUACAUAAAUCUCCUCCCUAAACCCUUAUCUUACCUUGCAUGGACCGCUUAUGUCUAUGUCCAGGGUUGCUUCAUGUUCGCGGUGUGGGUGGUUGCUCACGAAUGUGGCCAUCACGGCUUCAGCAACUACCAUUGGCUCAACGACACGGUUGGCUUUGUCCUCCAUUCUCUCCUCCUCGUCCCUUACUUCUCCUGGAAAAUUAGUCACCGUCGCCACCACGCCAACACCAAUUCUCUUGACCGCGAUGAAAACCAUAUCCCUCGAUUCAAAGAAACCAUCCGGUCCUACUACCACCACUUCAACAACCCUUUAGGCCGCGUCUUCAUCAUCGCCUUCACACUCACACUAGGCUGGCCUUUGUACCUAAUCGUCAACAUAGCCGGCCGAACCUACGACCGCCACGCUUCCCACUUCGACCCCUACAGCCCAAUCUACUCCGAACGCGAGCGAGUCCAAAUCCUCCUCUCAGACAUUGGUUUCCUCGCAGGAUGCUAUUUGGUCUACAGAGUAGCUCUCGUAAAAGGCUUCACAUGGGUGAUGCUCGUCUACGGCGCUCCUCUCCACGUCGUAAAUGGCUUCCUAGUAAUGGUCACUUUGCUGCACCACACUCAUCUUUCUUUACCUCAUUACGAUUCAUCCGAGUGGGACUGGCUCAGGGGAGCCCUGGCCACAGUGGACCGAGACUACGGAAUCCUCAACAAGGUGUUCCACCACAUUGCCGACACUCACGUGCUUCACCAUUUGAUCUCCAGCAUUCCGCAUUAUCACGCCGAGGAGGCCACUGAGGCGAUCAAGCCCGUGCUGGGGGAUUACUACCAUUACGAUGGAACUCCGUUUUACGUGGCCAUGUGGAGAGAGGCUAAAGAGUGUCUAUACGUCGAGGCAGAGGAUAAUGACAAGGCCAAGGGGGUUUAUUGGUUCAAAAACAAGCUUUAGAGUCGUGGGGUUUGAUUAUGAAUCAAAGAUGUGGCACUACCAAGAUUUCGAUAUUAGAUGAAAAAGUAUCAUCAGUACAGAAAUAAAGUUGUAUGAUUGUAUUAUGUCAUCUUCUUUUGAAUGGAAAUGCAUGCACUGCUUGGUGUUA